AUGAACCGAUAUACUUUUGCUUGGCUUUGGGCCAUUCCCGUACUGGCUCAAGUCCACAGCUUCCAUCCUAGAGGCCAUGACGAUAUCACCUACAGCAUCAAUGUCCCAGACGAAACUUCCAAAUCGGGUUCUGGUCCUAUAUUCAUUCAAAUGAAUACUACCAGCCAGGUGCAGUGGCUUGCCUUGGGCCAGGGAAGACAAAUGGCUGGCGCCAAUAUGUUUAUAGUCUACACAUCUGGCAAUAAUGUGACUGUGUCUCCGCGGUCGGGCGUCGGUGAAAUCCAACCUUUGUAUAACAGGAACGCCCAGAUCACAAUCCUCAAUGGUAGUGGUGUGCAUGACGGAGUCACUACUGCCAGUUUCCGGUGUGAUAGCUGCAUCAAGUGGACUGGUGGAUCAGAGAAUUUGAAGAGCUCGUCCAGCUCAUGGAUAUGGGCUUUGAAGGAGGGUCAAUCCCUCAGCUCUAACAGCGUGUCCGAAAAUAUCGUCCACCACGAUGAUAGUGGCGUUGUAUCCGUCGAUUUGACAAAAGCAACCGGCGGUACCUCUGAGAACCCUUUCGCCCAAUUAUCCCAAACAUCUGUGUCCUCCGCCGAGGAAGACCCGACUUCUGUGGCUAUCCGAAACACCAUCAAUCGGAAGAAAACAGCACAUGCUGUGCUCAUGGUCUUGGCUUUUGUGAUCAUGUUCCCUUUCUUCGCGCUGGGACUUCAUGUCUUCCCAUCCAAAUGGACGGUGAACAUUCAUGGAACAUUUCAACUUCUCACACUGUCAGUGACCAUUGCCGGCCUUGGGGUGGGUGUCUCCUUGGCACGGCAGAUCCGGCUGAUUGAUUCUUACCACGCCAUCAUUGGCAUGAUUGUUGUUGCGAGUCUUGUACUUUUCCAGCCGGCCAUGGGCGUGUUGCAGCACCGAUACUUCCGGAAAACAGGCGGAAAGGGCAUUUUUGCGUACACACACCGAUGGUUUGGGAGGACGAUGAUAAUUUUGGGGGUGAUCAAUGCUGGGCUUGGCUUCAAGCUUGCGCAAGGGCCGCGUGGGGCUAUCAUUGCAACCAGCGUUGUUGCCGGGGUCAUUGGGGUAUUUUACAUUGCGGUUGUUAGUUGGGUUGGAAGACCAAGGAGGCGUCUUGCAUAG